AGCCAAGAUGGUCAGGGAUGCAACCACAUGCCCCAGGUGUCCCUAACCUCUGACUGCCAGAAACUGCAACUGGAAAACUGAGGAUGGAUCCUGUUCUGUUCACUCGCUGAGUUAUCUGGCACCAGCCACUGUCAGAAGAAGACAAGAUACUGGCCUGGAUGCCCAGGGGUCUGCACAGGCAUUUAAAUUUGACUGCUUUUGGAGAGACUGGUAGUGAAAUUGUAAUAGGACAUGGCAACCAGCUUACAACUUUAUAAGAAGAGUACAUUUCCUCCUCUUCUGAAUAUUUAUCAGCUGCCGCAUUUCAGGAAUCAGAAUGACAAAAUCUCCAAAAAGAUGAUGAUGAAAAAUGACAACGGGAAGAAGGGGAGUAACAAAUCAUCAUUUAGUGAUGAAGACAAAGAAGCAGCAAUAAAACGGGCCCUGCUAGAACAGCACCAUCUUGAAAACUACAAGAAUCUAUACAGGCUGAGAAAUGCCAUGUAUGUGCGUUACAGGGAUUUGUUGAACAAGAAAGUUCAAAAGCAACGAAUUCAGAUCCAAAUGUCUGAUCUCAACUUCAAGCAAAAUCUUGAACAGCAAGGAAGAAAAAAGUGUAUCCCUGGACAUCAAGUGCCCUACUGCAAAGUGUCUCACGAUGCUAAGUACCUCAAGUCUAUUCCACAGUCCAGUCAUUACCUGAUUAUAGGAUUGCAGAAUGAGUUAACUAGACAAGGAAUCUUAAAGAACAAGCAAGAUUAUGAAGACUUUUGGACACUGAUCCUAGAGGGCACUCACGGUUCACGGCUUAAAGAAAAACUUCAGGAUAUAAAAUUAAAAAUGGCUACAGCCAAGUCUUUUCCUUCACAUCCUGUUGUGAGAACCAGUGCAGCACAGUCAGCAAAUGUCCUUCUGAGCAACCGAUGUGGACAGCUGAAAAUGAGCUCAGCUUCUCUACCAGGAUCAGUGUCCUGCCAGCCUCCAGUUCAUCAUCCAAGUAAACACACAAAGGCCGAAGAAGAAACUGAGCAAUUUCCUAAGCUGCUGCUUUCUUGGCUUUCUGAAUUGCAGAAAAGGCCUGAAGAGCAAUCCAGAACUCAGGAGGUGAGCAAACCUUGCAAAAGGACUAGGAAGCAUUUCCACCAUGAACGACAUCUGAUUUACUUGCAUCAUAUGUAUCAUCUCGCCCUUCUUAAUAUGACAUCUUCCAAGAGACUGCUGGAGAAAAAUGGUCAGUUCGCAGUUGCUGAAAAAGAGCACAGUGUCCAUGAUCUGAUGGAAUACUUGUUUCCAAGUCAUCAGAAACAACCUGGAAGUAGCUCCACAGAAAGAGAGAUAGAGGAAAGCACAUUUCCCAUUUUGCUAGAUAGGAAACAGCAUGAGCAAUGUCACAGGGGCUUCUCCAAAGCACACAUCAUUUUUAAAGAAAUGAAAAACCAUUCAAAGGAGAAACAUGAAAAUAAAGGAGCUGUUGAAAUUUUGGAGGAUCUGAAAUACAAUAACAGCGCCUUUGCCCCACAUGAAAUGAUCCCUGUGCCUCUUACUAUGGAAGAUGUGGUUCUGAACAAUCCAGUUGUGGAACCUAAGUCAACAGUUACCUACUGGACUAAUUAUGUGGACAAAGAAGAAUCCAUUUUCUAAAGAGGAAAAGGAUUACUAAAAUACAGAAACACAACAGCAAUGAAAUUGCAGCUUUAUGUAGAUCUUUACACUGUAUCCCACACAUACUGUAAUGUACCUAUAUUAUGAAAUCACUAUACUGAACGUAAUUGAACUUUCUACAGGCCAAAAUCUUGGUCUCAUUGAAAACAAUCUGAAUGUUGUCAUUCACUUUAAUUAGAACAGGAUUUGGCUCUACAGCAGUGCUACUAUGGAAUGGUUCAAAACAGAUAAAUGUCUUGUGAAAACAGAUAAUUUACUGUACAAUUUGGUUGAGUUCCUAAUCUUUAACUGAUCUACAGUAUUAAUUAUUAGAACAUACAUCAAUGAACUAGUGGAUGCUUUUGUAGUUGCAGGUUAUCCUGAUGUGAUGAAAAACAAUUUUUCAUUGAGCUCUUGCAGGCUGAGCAACGAAAUCAAAGGAGAGAGUUUUAACAAUAGUAGAGAAGUCUAGUUUAAGAUAAACAAUGACUUAGAUGCAAGACACGCUUUCACUUAAGGCAGCAGACAGACUACUUAUGGUCAUUUGGUCAGAAAUUCACUUAAUUCAUAGUUCUUUAAUCUAAAAAUCUACCUGUAAAUCUAUAGUGUAAGCAUCUAAGCAUUCACUAUAAAAUUAAAUAUGCUCACUUUCA